AUGACGAGCGAGAAAGGCGCACCGCUCCAGGGCGCGCUCGCCGGCCACGAGCCCUUCUACGUGCCUUCGUCGACGAGCCGGCAGGGCGGAGCUGGCUCGCGCCACCGCUCGAGCAGCCCGGGCAUCUUUGGCAGGAUCGGGCUCGCGCAGCCUUCGCUCCACAUAAUGGUGUCGUCGUCGGUCGAGGUCGAUUCGCUCGAAGAGGAGAACAAGGUUGAACCCGAUGACUAG